AGAAGAAGAAGAAGAUUCAGCAGAAACAGUGCUGGAGAGAGUGAGAGAGGAACAGUGAGUGAAAACAAGGAACACAUCCGCAGUGCAAAGGGAAAACUUUUUGCAUGCCACAAGCAGCAGCAGGAACGGCAGCGGCAGCAGCAGUAGCAGCAGCUGACUGUUGCAGAAAGCCUGACAGCGGGACGGCUGCAGCAGGACCCGGACAACACUGUUGCGGACAGGACACGCGUCCGGUCCUGUCAUAAUCAGUUCAAUAGAAGCCUCUAGCAAACAGCGGCUCAGCGGAUACGUCGGACACACCCGAACAAGCGCAGCAAGAGGCAACUUUAAUGUAUCCUUAGAAUUCCAGACAGCUCCAGCAGUGUAAUGCGCCUUGGGGGAAGUGGCAUACCAUACGACGGCGACCCCCUGACAAUGAGCGCAGCUGGCAACGAUUAUGCCGAACUAUGCGAUCUUGGACCCUCACGUUGGAGUGCACGAGCCUACGGAUACCAUGGCGGAGCAGCGUCGGGACUUGGCCUUGGCGGCCCCAGUGGCGGGGGCGGCGGCGGCAUCGGCGGACUGGCCGGGCUCAUUUCGGGCGCCACCCAAUCAUCAUCCAGCGUGCCGACUGGCGGCUCGCAAGGACUCAGUGCCCACCAUAUGCGGAGCAGUGCGGGUGCUCCUAGCAGCUACGAGGCCGAGGACAUCGGCUUGGCCUUCGGCAUGAUCAGUCCACCGCCCGGCAGCGGCGGCCCCUACGGGGGCUCGGGGGCAACGGGCAUGGGCGGCGGGUCGCGUGUGGGGAAUAGCACGAGCUCGCUGCGCGCCGGUGGCGGAGCUGUGGGCGGAGGCCGCUCGGGGCUCUACUACUCCCCGCCCGGCACCUCGUACACAAUCGUGGAGCGACCCCACUCGCCCCACUACUACUUCAACUCGGCGGGGGUGCCCACCAAGGGGGGCUCGCUGCCGGGACGCGGCUCCGCGUACCUCAGCUCCUCACCCGCCAGCCACAUGGCCGCCGGCACGGCGGGCACCCUGCCCACCUCGACGGCGGCCAGCGGGCGGUCGGCCAUGGGCAACGGCAACAAGAAGCGCCCCAUAUCGCCGGAGCAGGUGCUCCGCAUGUUCGGCGCCACCCAGUCGUCUUCAGUUCCUACGAGUAGCUAUCACUACAGCAAUGGCGGCACACGCGAUCGCACCGGACGACGCAGUCCGGCCAGCAGUCCGCCCUCGACGACGCAUCAGAUCUAUCGGGAUCGUGAGCGGGAAAGAGAUCGCAGUGUUCCGAACAUCCACGAACUAACGACGCGAACCGUUUCCAUGUCUCGGGAUCAGCAGAUCGAUCAUGGAUUCGGUAUCUGUGUCAAAGGAGGCAAAGACUCAGGCUUGGGCGUCUACAUCUCACGCAUCGAGGAGAAUUCGGUGGCCGAGCGCGCCGGACUGCGACCCGGUGAUACAAUCCUAGAGGUGAACGGCACCCCAUUCACCUCAAUCAAUCACGAGGAGGCGCUGAAGAGAUGUGUGCAGAUAUUGAAAUCGUCACGUCAAAUCAGUAUGACGGUGAGAGCCCCGCCCACGCUGAACUCGACGGCGCCGCUCCAUGGAUUCGGACCACCCUCCCGCGACCCCAUGUACGCGUCGAUGGCACCACCCCUGCAUCCACAGAAUCAAGCGGCGGCGGCCUCGGGACAGGGCCUGCCCUUCCGGCAGACCUGCUCCUGGAUGGAUCGGCACGGCAGGCCCGCCUCGCCGCCCAUGGAGUACGGGGGCCGACGGAGCGACCGGCGCGAUCGGAUACGUCGCGUGGAGCUGCUCAUAGAGCCGGGACAGUCCCUCGGCCUGAUGAUACGCGGCGGCGUGGAGUACGGCCUGGGGAUCUUUGUCACCGGCGUCGACAAGGACAGUGUGGCCGAUCGGUGUGGUCUGAUGAUCGGCGACGAGAUCCUCGAGGUCAACGGCCAAUCGUUUCUCGAUGUGACGCACGACGAGGCCGUUGGUCAGUUGAAAUACCACAAGCGCAUGUCGCUGGUGAUACGUGAUGUGGGCAAAGUGCCGCAUUCCUGUACCUCCAUCGAGAUGGAGCCCUGGGAUGCCUACAGUCCAACAGGCACAAGGGCACGCCGAAAAGGUCAGAUUGCGACCAUGGUGGAGGAGAAGGCCCGCUCUCUGCUGCCCCGUCAUCACUUUGCAAGCCUCUCCUACUAUAUUGCAGAGUAUAGUGGGAAAGCAAUGACCAUAGAUGCCUUUGUUGCCGUCUUACUAGAGAUGUUAGAUACGUACGAAAAGCACACGCUAGUGACGGAGAUCCGAGAACUCGUGUUCCCCGAGGAUCGCACGCGAUACGAUGAGCUCGUCUAUCGCCGGGAACGCGAUCCUUAUAGCGUGGACAGGCAUCGGCGUAAGGGAGACCCCGCCCGUGAUUUGCCGGUAACAGCUGACGAUUUGGAGAUUAUAGCCGCCACCGGACGUAGUCCCUCAUCGGACUCGGGACUGGGCAUGACCGUAACGGAUAUACACAAACGACCCGCAAUCCAGUUGCCAUAUCGGCCCAUGUCGGCGGGACCAAUACUGCAUCGCGCACAGCCAGCAUCACAUUAUCAGACAGCAAGUAACCAAUCUUCAUCAUCAUUAUCGCCACCACAGCAUCAGCAUCAGCAACAGCAACAUUAUCCACCUCAUCAUGCCUCAUUGCGUCAUCUGGGUGGCAUCAACAUCAACAGCAUCAGCAGCGGCAACGUGGGAUCUGUGCCUGUGCGUCAUCAUCAUCCUCACGAACAGUUGGGACCAAAUCAGUUGCAAUUCAAGCAAACCAAAGACAAUCAGCAACAGGAAUACGGCUGUGAUGAGCAUAGAACUAGAGCUCGCCGUGGAAGCGAAACCCUAUUACCGGAAUACGAACAAGAUACGGGCGGCUACUUAGAUGGACUACGUUCACAUUUGGGUGGUUUAACACAACGUGUCAAAUCAUGGUAUUGGGGACGACCUCUAGAGUUGGCCACAAAACUCUCAAGGAGUUUCGAUAUGAAGGAAGAAGGCGGCACAUUGCUGGGCGAUAAAGGUGUACGAAGGCAUCAGUCCAUGCAGCGUCUGUCCGCUGAGCAGAAUGGUGGUUCAACGACUGAACAAACACAUGAACACAAUCCAAACGUCGUACCUGAUCAUAGAGGCAACUUACACAUUACAGUUAAGAAAACCAAACCAAUUUUAGGUAUUGCUAUCGAAGGUGGUGCUAAUACAAAACACCCGCUCCCUAGGAUAAUCAAUAUCCAUGAAAACGGUGCAGCAUUUGAAGCGGGCGGCCUGGAGGUCGGGCAACUGAUACUGGAGGUAGAUGGAACAAAGGUUGAGGGUCUACAUCAUCAGGAGGUUGCUCGACUGAUAGCCGAGUGCUUUGCUAAUCGUGAAAAGGCUGAAAUAACCUUCUUAGUUGUCGAAGCAAAGAAAUCAAAUUUGGAACCGAAGCCAACAGCGUUGAUAUUUUUAGAAGCCUAA